AUGUUGUGCCAAAGGAGUUUGUGGCGGGUUAUUUCAGUUAUUCGCGCUUUGUCCUCCUCAUUUGAAGUCAGCGGCGGUUGCUAGCGUAAAAUAUUGUAUUUUUGUACAUUCUAAGUUAUAUACAGUAUUAGUGUUAUUCUUAUAUUUCGCACUUUCUCUGGCAAGAAAACAACCCUUGUCAACAUGCAUGUGAUAAAGCGAGAUGGGCGCCAAGAGCGUGUCAUGUUUGACAAGAUCACCUCCCGCAUCCAGAAGCUGUGCUAUGGACUCAACUCUGACUUUGUCGAUCCAACCCAGAUCACCAUGAAGGUCAUCCAAGGUCUGUACAAUGGGGUCACUACAGUGGAGCUGGACACGCUGGCUGCAGAAAUCGCUGCCACACUCACCACCAAACACCCAGACUAUGCCAUCCUGGCUGCCCGCAUCGCAGUCUCCAACCUGCACAAGGAGACCAAGAAGGUUUUCAGCGAUGUGGUGGAGGAUCUAUACAACUAUGUCAACCCACUAAACAAACGGCACUCUCCCAUGGUCGCCAAGGAAACACUCGACAUUGUCCUAGAAAACAAGGACCGCCUCAACUCGGCCAUUAUCUUUGACCGGGACUUCUCCUAUAACUUCUUUGGAUUCAAGACACUUGAGCGGUCCUAUUUGCUGAAAAUUGAUGGGAAAGUUGCUGAGCGACCACAGCACAUGCUCAUGAGGGUGGCAGUUGGGAUUCAUAAGACUGACAUUGAUGCUGCCAUCGAGACUUACAACCUGCUGUCAGAGAAGUGGUUCACCCACGCUUCCCCCACACUCUUCAAUGCUGGCACCAACCGCCCACAGCUGUCUAGCUGUUUCCUGCUGGCCAUGAAGGACGACAGCAUCGAGGGCAUCUACGACACCCUGAAGCAGUGUGCCCUAAUCUCAAAAUCAGCAGGGGGCAUCGGAGUGGCAGUCAGCUGCAUCAGAGCCACGGGCAGCUACAUCGCUGGGACAAAUGGCAAUUCCAAUGGGCUUGUUCCCAUGCUCCGAGUGUACAACAACACAGCACGCUACGUGGACCAGGGAGGCAACAAGAGACCUGGUGCGUUUGCCAUGUACCUGGAGCCGUGGCACUUUGAUGUGUUUGACUUCUUGGACCUGAAGAAGAACACGGGGAAGGAAGAGCAGAGGGCCAGAGAUCUGUUCUACGCCAUGUGGAUCCCUGACCUCUUUAUGAAGAGAGUGGAGAGCAACCAGGACUGGUCCCUGAUGUGCCCCAGUGACUGCCCUGGACUGGAUGAGUGCUGGGGGGAGGAGUUUGAGAAUCUCUAUACCAGGUAUGAGCAAGAGGGUCGUGUGAAGCGGGUGGUAAAGGCCCAACAGGUGUGGCACGCCAUCAUUGAGUCCCAGACUGAGACGGGCACCCCCUACAUGCUCUACAAGGACGCCUGCAACAGGAAAAGUAACCAUCAGAACCUGGGAACCAUCAAGUCCAGUAACCUCUGUACCGAGAUUGUAGAGUACACCAGCCAUGAUGAGGUGGCAGUGUGUAACCUGGCGUCACUCGCCCUCAACAUGUACGUCACCCCAGAGAAAACAUUUGACUUCAACAAGCUGGCCUAUGUCACCAAGGUCAUCGUUAGGAACCUCAAUAAGAUCAUCGAGAUCAACUACUACCCUGUGAUCGAGGCUGAGAACUCCAACAAGCGCCACAGGCCCAUUGGUAUUGGUGUCCAGGGUCUGGCUGAUGCCUUCAUUCUGAUGCGUUUCCCCUUUGAGAGUGCUGAGGCCCAGAAGCUCAACACUCAGAUAUUUGAGACCAUCUACUACGCUUCUCUGGAGUCCAGCUGUGAGCUGGCUGCUGAGCUUGGUGCCUACCAAACCUACCCAGGCUCCCCUGUCAGCAAAGGAAUCCUUCAGUAUGACAUGUGGGACAAAAGCCCAACUGACCUGUGGGACUGGAAACUUCUCAAGGAAAAGAUUGCCAAGCAUGGUGUCAGGAACAGUUUGCUGCUGGCCCCUAUGCCCACCGCCUCCACAGCCCAGAUCCUGGGCAACAAUGAGUCCAUCGAGCCCUACACCAGUAACAUUUACACCCGCAGAGUCCUCUCUGGGGAGUUCCAGAUUGUGAACCCCCACCUGUUGAAGGACCUAACAGAGCGAGGGCUGUGGAACGAGGAGAUGAAAAACCAGCUGAUUGGUCAGAACGGAUCCAUCCAGGGCAUUGCUGAGAUCCCAGAUGACCUGAAGGAGCUGUAUAAGACUGUGUGGGAGAUUUCCCAGAAGACUAUUCUGAAGAUGGCUGCUGACCGCGGUGCCUUCAUAGACCAGAGCCAGUCCCUCAACAUCCACAUCGCUGAGCCCAACUACGGCAAGCUCACCAGCAUGCACUUCUACGGCUGGAAGCAGGGUCUGAAGACAGGCAUGUACUACCUGAGGACCAAGCCUGCAGCCAACCCCAUCCAGUUCACCUUGAACAAGGAGAAGCUGAAAGAGUCUCUGUCGGUUAAGAACGAGGAGGAGAUCAAGGAGCUCAACAGAGCCGCUAUGGUGUGUUCCCUGGAGAACCGUGACGACUGCCUGAUGUGUGGCUCUUAGACCGGCCCCUAACUCCUUCUCCUAUCCUCACUUUUAGUUAAUUAACUAUUGCGGUGGACCACUGAACUCCUCAAUAUCAUUGAACCCCACUCUGAUUGUCUUUAGGCCAGUUAAUGGCAUAGUUAUCUGCCCUGAUGUCAGAUCAUAGGCUCACGCUUGGGGUUUAUAGAUCAGGCUAUUAUGGUUGUUUUGUGGGCAUGCUACUGUAGCCUAAGUAAUGCUGUACAUGGUGCGCUUUUGUCUGCCUUAUCACAGAUUAUUAACUGUAGGCAGUUUUCUAUUUAUCGCUCUUGGGUACACUGUCUGCUUGAUUUGUAUAGAAUUCGGUGUAAAAAAAAAAAAAUGAAAGUGAACUCCAUUGUUAGUAUGUAAAUCUAAGGAUUUCAUUCAAGAAGUUAACUUCAAUGGUGUAUUAUUUGUAUUGGGUGGUACUGUGGUACUUAUGGUAAGGUAUACAGUACUUCAGUGACCAUUUUAGCAUGUAAAUGUUGGUGGGGCAAAAAAAACUACAUAACACUAAACUAUACAUUUAAUUGAACUAUAACGGUGCUCACAAACUGUUAGGGCCUAUAUAAAGCUUCCCUAACAGCAGUCCCAACAUCUUACCACUGCUUCACCUAGCUAUCAGCAGAGCCUUGUUUGGCAGCGAAACAGUUCAUUCAGGCACAUUUACUGACCUUUAAAAAAACAUAAACAUAGCUGACUUGCUUAAACAAAUGUGGGUUCUACUGCCAAUUGAGAUGUACAAACUAUGGCAUAAGGGGACAACGAGCGGAUAAGAGGCAAUCCAUAAUUCCGAUUAAGACAAUGAACAAGCUAGGAUGGACGUAGUCAAUCUAUUUGCUCAGCACUUUUGAAAUUUUCAGCGACAGAACUCAAAACAUGGGCCCUUAGUGUUCUCCCUGUGCACCAAGUCAACCGUAGGAUAAAUAAAGGGAACAUAUAAGUAGACCAUGAAAGCUCUUACAAUAUUUGAUUACAUUACUCUAAAACAGGCUAUAGGCUACAUGUGCAUCACCAAGUCUGAACUGUAGCCUAUGUUAUGAGGUGAAAAAGGACCAAAUUAUUAGGGUGAGAAACAUGGGCUACUAACAGCUUAUUACACAACAUACUGUAGCUAAGUAAUACUAUCUCCCUGACGUUACAUUUAUGCAGCGGUAUACAUUUUUGGACUCACCUUAUUGUACUGUGCUCACUUGAACAGUGAGCACAGACUUGCACCACACAUCCACUCCACUGAAUAGCAUGUUAGUGAUUGCUCUGCAAUGCUGUCCUUCAUGGGCAAAUUGUGUCAAACUGUGUCAUAAGUCUGGCAUUCUCUGGAUUUUUGGUGCUUUCAAAACAACUGGGAACUCGGAAUAAAACAAGGUCAAAUCAUGACGUUAGUGAUCUUCAGAUCUGAGAUUUUACAGUUCCGAGUUUCCAGUUUUGAAAGCGGCAGAAGUCGUGAUGGAAUGACAGCAUGGCCAAUGUUGAAUGUUUAUCCUUAUUAAGAUUGGAAAAGAGACCCAUAAACCCAGACUUGCACCACACAUCCACUCCACUGAAUAGCAUGUUAGUGAUUGCUCUGCAAUGCUUGCAGUUAGCCAAUGAUUCCUUCCAAACCACUCAUUGUUGAAUUUGCGAUUUCUAACUUGUGUAAUGUUUAUGGCCGAUGAGCACUGAUACGUUUUAGCUAUAAUUUCUCUUCAUAUGACAAGGAUUGAAAAGGAUUUGCCAGUAGAUUGUCGACUUGAUUCAAGAUGACUGCUAGCUUGCUAGGUAAGAUUUUGAAAGUAUGAUGUUGACAUGAUCAGUUCAAUCAAACCUGUAGAUAUGUAAUUUUAUCUGUGGCCAAUGACCUUGAGCCUUCUUGGAUGGGCACUUCUAAUGUAACUCUAUGGCAGCACCCAAGGGGCUUGCUUGAAUAUUCGAGCUCUCCCUGUAGAUUUUGCAGUGACGUAGUGUCCCCAUGAGUGACAACACUGAGCCAAUCACGGCGCAACUAGAGAACAUUACCAACCCCUACGCUCUGUAUUUUCCUCUGGCUGCCCCACCACCACAGAAAGCACUGCGGUAGGCUGAAACACCUGCAUUUUGUAGCUGCCUUACUCAAGAAAGCAAAAAAGAGACCAUGUUUGUAUGCAGCUUUAUUAACUCAAUAUUUUGUAUUUAUUUAUUGCAAACUGAUAUGUGACAUGUAUUAAUGCCAAAAUAACAUGCAAAACAGGUAACAUGAAAAUAAAAUGAAUUUUAAUGAUUAUUUAUUACUUUAGCUAAACCGGUAGGGCUCUGCCCUGAAUGACGGGUCGCCACUGCAGUAGUUAAGCAAUACCAGUACAUGGGCACAAGGUACUUGGUAGGCAUUGCAUUAGGAAGAUGGGGCUUCUUUCACUCUGGAUCUUCUAAUCCUAAAUCCAGAAGUGCUAUAGUGAGUGUUGGGCCCAAUCCGAAAUGGACCCCUAUGCACUUGUGGAGAUCUGAGAAUGUUAUUGAUAUUAGAAAUGCUGUGGGAAAGUUCUUACACCGGGAUACUCAAAGUCAAUCGUAAAUGAAUAAUUACCAGCAUGCUGGAGAGGUUCCAACCAACUCAAUGCACCAUAGUACACGUCUGCCAGAAGCUCUUCCUGGGUAGACCCAGCAGUUGUCUUCUAUACGGCUAUAAACAGACAAGUUAUAUUUGCAUGUGAUGGGUUUGGAUUUGAAAUAUUAUUAAUCAUUAGUUAUGUUGGAUACAUGAGCAGUGCCAUAGGGUUUACACUAGAAGUUAAUGGUUAUCUGUAGGAGGAAUGUUUAUGGUGGGUGCAAUGAAGCUUGGAAUGUGCUGAGUGCAGGGGGAAAAGUCACAUGUGGCAGCACUGAUAAAGGGAGAGACCUGUGGAUGAGUGAGGAAGGGGUUAGAGGUCAGGUCACCUUAAGGGAGAAGGAACAGUUUAUUGCCUGUAUAACCAUUUCCUGCCUAGUAAUAAAGAUGUAAUGUUUAAAGAGGAGGAGACCACUCAAAUUGGGGUAUAUGUAUUACCACUGGUGGAGAUAUGUCUUUGUUCAGCUGUUCGAUCCUUUGGAGUGAAUAAACUUGGUUUAAGCUUU